AUGAAAAAUACUAUAAUUUUGAUCAGUUUUCUUUUUCAAUUUGUUCAUCUAACUUCAAUCGAUUGGUGUGAAUAUUGGGCGAGAAUGGGCAAAAAAGUGAGUUUGUUAUUUUGAAAGUAUGAAAUUAUUAAUUGGAAAUCAACUUUUCAGACAGAACGUCCAGAAUGUGCGGGAUAUGAAUUACCAAAUAAUGUAAAAAGAACAGGUAUCUAAAUAAGUUCCAUACGUAAAAAUAAUACUAAUAACAAAUAAAAUAAAAGUAUUUCGUAGUGAAGAACAAUUGAGCCAAUUAGAAUGAAUAAAAAAUGAGAGUUUUGCAGAAAACGUAGUUCAAUGCCCAAAGAAUGAAAUGUAUAAUUGUAUUGAUUGCGAGCCGACUUGUCAUAACUUGAUUCCAAAAUGCCGUAAGGUCCGUUCAUUCACAACAAUAUUUACAAUUAGAGAUACAAGAGUUCAACGAAGUGUGAAGGUACACCCAAAAGUGUGUAUUUGUUUGAUUGUUAUUAUUAUUAUUAUUUUGUUAUUGAGUUGUGUUGUGUGCCUUUAACACUGUGUUGAGUUCUAACGUGUGCUCUUUUUAUUUCUCAUUUAAUUUCGGAAAAAAAUUAUGUUAAAGUCCUAAUAUAAUCUCAGGAACAAUGCAGUCGUGGAUGUAUUUGUAAAACUGGAUUCGCUCGAAACUCACAAGGAAAAUGUGUUCAAUAUCGAGAUUGUCUUCAUCAUCAUCCACCAACUAUUCAUAAUGAAUCAAUCAAAGAAGAAGAUGAUGGAGCUGUUAUGAAAAGUUUGUAUCUAACUUUUCAAGUUUAACCAUCUUUUAUGAUUUUCAGCCGUCAAAAAAAUGGUUCCAGUAAUCGUCAACGAUGUUUGGAAAGCUUUCUUCAACUCGAUUCGCGUUCCAGAAGAACAAAAUAGUAAACAAUUGGAAUUGAAACCAGUUCCAACAAAUGAAACUGAAGACACUUUCUCGGGAACUGAAAUUGAGAAAGAGCACAAACGGAUUUUCCAGAAAAACUAA